CAGAAAUUAUUUAUCUUAUCAACGAAGAUGUCUAAUUUGAAACUAGAAUAACCGAUUUAAAGUGAAUCAGGAACUCUUGCUGCCUGCUUGCUGCCUGAAAAAAUGGCCGACGACGAAGGAGUUGAUGGAUUUGACGAUGAUGUAGAACAAUUUGAUGAUGAAGAACCACUUGAUGAUGUUGAUGAUUUAGAGCCUGUAGGUGAUGGAACUGGAUUUGAAAUUUUGCCAGAGGGAGAAGAGGGCACUGAAUCAGCACGACGAGUGACAACACCUUACAUGACAAAAUAUGAACGAGCAAGAGUUCUUGGAACAAGAGCUUUACAAAUAAGCAUGGGUGCUCCUGUUAUGGUGGAACUUGAAGGUGAAACUGAUCCACUGCAAAUUGCUAUGAAAGAAUUAAAAGCUCAGAAGAUUCCUAUCAUUAUUCGUCGAUACAUGCCAGAUGGAAGUCAUGAGGACUGGGGAAUAGACGAACUCAUUGUGACUGAAUGAUACUGUAUCUAGCGAUUUUUAAAAAAAUAUGUAAUGGUUCCAUUACUGGAAACCAAUGGAACCGUUCCAAUACUGCAAGCAAAACUACGAUGGUCCUAAAAUACACACCACCUUUAAUAUUCUUUUUGUCUGUAAAUCUUAUUAAAAUACGUCAGUAUUUGUUAAUAAUUCAAAUUGCAGAAACGAUGGCUAGAUUACUCAGUUCAAUGGUGGAGAUCUUGAUUUAAAAGUUUAAAACUUUAAACAGGAAUUUAAU